CGGAAAUCGAUCAACGCUGAACACGCUCGCUUCCCUUUCCAUUCCCUUCCCUUCCCUUCGUCAAAGAAGUCAACACUUCAUCGCCAUUCGUUUACGCGCACUCUGUGACAGUCACGUCGGCGCCUGACGCUUGCGCCGCCCACCUUGCACCUGGGGCCAUUUUCCCGCAUUCUGAAGCCAUGGCGUCCAUAGUGCUCUGUCUGCUUCUGUCAGCACAUUUGACAUCUGCCCAAUUCUACAAGAUUGAGAGUAAUGACGACAUCCUUUCCUCCGCGAAGACCCUCGCUUAUGAUCUGAUGUCAUACUACCACGGCAAUGAGUCCGGUCAAACACCAGGCAUCUUGCCCGGACCUCCCCCCGCCGGCGAUUACUAUUGGUGGGAAGGUGGUGCGUUAUGGGGGACUAUGAUCGACUAUUGGCAUCUUACCGGUGAUGAUACCUAUAACAACGUGACCACCGAAGCCAUGCUGUGGCAGGUCGGCCCUAACCGCAACUACAUGCCGCCAAACGUCACCGCCUCCUUGGGAAACGAUGACCAAGGGUUUUGGGGCAUGUCCGCGAUGCUGGCCGCCGAGGAGAACUUCCCCAAUCCGCCCUCGGAUCAGCCGCAAUGGCUGGCUUUGGCGCAAGCCGUCUGGAACACUCAAGCCGAUCCCGAUCGUCACGAUGCGACCUGUGGUGGUGGUCUGCGAUGGCAAAUUCCAUUUGCCAACAAUGGAUACGACUACAAGAACAGCAUCGCAAAUGGCAUUUUCUUCAACCUUGGUGCUCGACUCGCACGAUACACGAACAACCACACUUAUGCCGAGGUGGCUGAGGAUGCCUGGAAUUGGGUUGUCAGUGUUGGCUUCAUGGAUAAAGAUUACAACAUUUUCGACGGCGCGCACGUUCAAACAAAUUGCACAGACAUCAACCGCGCUCAAUUUUCCUAUAAUAACGGUGUCUUCCUACUCGGGGCCGCCUAUAUGUAUAAUUAUACCGAGGAUCAAAAAUGGAAAGAUCGGCUAGAUGGUUUGGUAGACGCCACCUUGAAGGUCUUCUUCCCUAAUGACACGGCCUACGAGAUAGCCUGCGAAGGAGUCAUGACAUGUACUACCGAUAUGUUGAGCUUCAAAGGCUACCUCCACCGCUGGAUGUCAACAGCAACUCAAAUUGCCCCCUUUACCGCCGACAAGAUCCUUCCCGUUCUUCGGAAGUCGGCCCAAGCCGCCGUCAACCAAUGCACAGGCGGGAAUGACGGCCGAACGUGUGGCUUCGCAUGGUCUAGUGGCAAAUUCGACGGAAGCACGGGCGCCGGGCAGACGAUGGAUGCAUUAGCCGCCGUCUCUUCACUCUUAAUCAACCAAUCGAAAAAGCCAGUCACGAGUUCAGACGGGGGUACCAGCGUGGGGGACCCAAACGCCGGCAUAGGAAGUGGCUCGAUCGCUGGCGACAACCUUCCGCCGGUUACCACGGGCGAUCGAGCGGGCGCCGGUGUCUUGACGGCCGUGGUAGUGCUGACUGCCGCCGCUGCCUUUGGCUGGAUGGGUAUAGGGAAAUGAAAUGAAAAUCCCCGCCACUGUCGGAGUUCCCCUCAUAGGAGCCGCCGGUUUCGUUUUCGUUUUACAGCAAGAUUAAUUACGUUACUCAGCAAUACCCCUUUUUAAUGAGUUGCAGGAGGCGUUUGGGUGCGAUACGGGUUAUUCAUGCAUAUUGAUGGUUUGGGAUCAUUGGGGGGUGCUUGGGAUUUGAUUGGAUGUGAUACAUAAGUACCUUGCGUGGCAUCCUAGGAGAGAU